AUGAGUCGCUGGAGUGCUGCUAAACUCUACAAUGUCCCUGAAACAAUACUUCGGAAUCGAAUGAACAGUUUAACCCCGCUACAGGAAUGUCGACCACCAACUCAAAAAUUAACUAAAUUAGAAGAAGAAGUAAUUCUUCAAUAUAUCCUCGAUAUGGACACACGAGGAUUUGCCUCUCGAUUGAGUGGUGUGGAAGAUAUGGCGAAUGAUAUUCUCGAUACUCGUGGAGCACACCACGUUGGAAAGCUCUGGGCGCAUCGAUUCGUACAACGCCAGCCAGAAUUAAAGACGCGUUUUAAUCGCGUUUAUGAUUUCCAAAGAGCUCUUUGCGAAGAUCCAAAGCUUAUUGAAGGGUGGUUUCGAUUAGUAUCGAAUAUGCGGGCGAAAUACGGUAUUCUCGAUUGCGAUUUCUACAAUUUCGACGAAACAGGCUUUAUGAUGGCCAGGUAA